AUGGAUGAAGGUUUUUGUAAGGGCCAGUCUGAUAAUUUACCUAAGGUGGACAUGUUCAUGGUGGCAACUUUUAUAAAAAAUGCAGAGAGCUUUUCACUAGGAGAGGUUCGGGGAGUUAAAGCAGACAGAAAUCAGGACAUAUGCACUGUAAAAGGGAAAAUUACAUCUGAACAUAAUGUGAGAAAGCAACAAUAUUCAGUGAGCUGUAGCAUUAAUGAAGUAACUGAAGAAGUAAUAGAUGUCCAAUGCUACGAUUGCGCUGCUUCAUUAGGGGGCUGUAAGCACACUAUAGCAUUUCUAAUGUGGUUGCAUCGAAGAAGCGAAGAGCCUUCUCCUACUGAAAUUACUUGCUAUUGGGCAAAAAGUAAGCUUUCAAAGGUUGGAACAUCCAUUAAAUUCAUUACUUUAAAGGAAUUUGGUGCAAAGGAAGAACUUGCCUCAGAUGAAGAAAGUACUAAUUUUCUUGAAGAAGUUUUGAAGAGAGGGAGCGAAACGGAUUCUGACAGUCAGUUGCUAAAACAUUUUGCUACAGAUGAAGGAAUUGAUGAAAAAUUAGGAUUGCAUCAGUUAAUGCAUAAAUUUGUUUUACAAGGUGGAAAGAGAGAAUAUUCAGAGUUCUUCACCUAUUGUUCAAAUGUAAUGAACAUCCAACUUUGUGUUUCAAAGAUUAAACCUAAUUCUGCAAUGCUAAGAGGAAAAACUUUGGAAAAAGAAGUUGUAAAAUGUUUAAAAAAAGAACUUAAAACUAAUUUCAAACAUAUUGGAUUGCAAUUAAACCCAAAAUAUCCAAUUUUUGGUGCUUCUCCUGAUGCACUCUGCAAUGAAUAUUGUAUUGAAGUCAAGUGUCCAAAUUCAGAAAAAUCUCUUUCAACAUAUUUAACGAAGGACAAAAAAAUUACUGCUAAGUACAAUGCCCAAGUGCAAUUGCAAAUGUGGAUGUUACAACAAUGA